AUGUGGCCUAGAUUAGUUGCCAAUAAGAUCCUUAAAACGAGAUUGGGCAGCCACAAUUUCGUUGCAGAUUUUCCUGGAGAUGAAACCUCGUUGGAUGCUCCAGGCUUGAAUGAUCAUGAAUCCUUCAACCCUAAGUCCCUCAAUAUUCAUCACAAACAUACGUACACCUACAAGGUUUUCGUCAGCACAUGGAAUGUUGGUGGGGUUGCACCACCUCAAGAUCUAAACAUGGAGGAUUGGCUAGAUGCAUGCAAUACGCCCUGCGAUAUUUAUGUUCUUGGGUUUCAAGAAGUGAUCCCUCUAAUAGCGACAAAUGUUCUUGGACGUGAGAACGGUAAGACUUCAACGAAGUGGAAUUGCUUGAUAAGGGAAGCUCUGAAUAAGAAGAUAUACAGGAGUAGAGAUGGUCAAAUAGAAAAUGAAGUUUCAUUAUUUACAGAUGAGGAUGGAAGCAGGUGGUGUAAUAUGGCAGGUCAUCAAGAGUCCUUUGGGUGCAUAGUGAGUAAGCAAAUGGUGGGGAUAUUGAUGUCGGUUUGGGUUCGAAGUGAGCUGCGUCCGUACAUCACCCAUCUCAGUGUUUCGUAUGUUGGCUGUGGCAUCAUGGGCUGUCUAGGAAAUAAGGGUUCAGUCUCGGUUAGAUUUGAGUUGCAUGAAAUGAGCUUUUGCUUUGUGUGCACUCAUCUAGCUUCGGGUGACAAAGAAGGAGACAAAAGGCAUAGAAACUUGAAUGCGACUCAAAUAUUCUCUCGAACCAUCUUUCCUGGAGGCUCCUCUAUUGACUUGCCACGAAAGAUUCUAGAUCAUGAUCAGGUAAUUUUGUUUGGAGACUUGAACUAUAGGAUCUCUUUGCCAGAAGCAAGAACACGUUUACUAGUGGAUAAAACAGAAUGGAAUGCCCUUCUACGAAAUGAUCAGCUAAGAACAGAGCUGAUGGACGGCCAAGUAUUUGAAGGUUGGCAUGAAGGAAAAAUCAACUUCUCUCCCACUUACAAAUACUAUCCAAACUCCGACGUAUACUAUGGUGGCGAUCAUCAAGGCAAAAAAGACAAGAAAAGGCAUGCUCCUGCAUGGUGUGAUCGAAUAAUUUGGUUGGGGGACAGAUUAAAGCAGCAAUUAUACACAAGAGGUGAAGUGAAGUUGUCUGAUCAUAGACCCGUCAAAGCAAUUUUUACUGCCCAAGUUUGA